CUCGUAUCUGUCACAUAUUUUUUAACCUUCAACAAGCUUAACUCUCUCAUCUUGCCCUUCACUCGGAACACUGGUCUGAUCCACCAGUCGUUCUACGUCUAGGCAACAUCUAUCCAUAACAACAUGGCUAUUACAACUACCACUACCGAAUCUCGUAUCCCUCGGUACCAGCUGCGCGAUACACGUGCCCGCAAAGCUACUACUGAGAAGACCAUCAAGACAACUAUCAAAGAGGCUGGACCUCUUCGUACCAACAGUGAGUCUGCCCUCUCUUUGCUUGUCUCGUCCCCGGGAGAACCACAGCCUCGUGCCGUGUCUCCUGCGUACUCCACCGGACAGCACGCGCGCUCAUACAGCGACGUGCUAAUGGCGCGUAUUCCCCCGAUGCCAGGUGCACUCGGGGAGACACCCGCUCGUCCACAAAGUGAGAUGGCGGAGACCGAAGGGCUUAGCCUGGGUGGAAAAACCCCAGUAGACAAUCCUACCUCUGUUAGUAGAGAUAGUAAGGAAACAGAGAAGAACACUCACUUUGAGACUCCAGCAAAUGAAAGGAGCUGGUCCGCUGUAAGACCUGAGGAUUCUGGCGACGGCCAGAGUGGGAACUGGACCACCAUUGAACGAAAGCGCUCUGCAGGCGCCAAGGGUGCGACCCAAAAUAAGGGUGAGCAUCAGAACCUAACCCGGGAACAAGAAAACCUGGUGAGAAAGGCCGAAAAUAAGUUAACCCCGGCUGAAAGAGAGAGAAUUCAGACUAGAUGGAACUUACCUAGUCGCCCUGCCUCCGAUGGCAGUGAGUCAGAGGAAUCCCCAGGUGAGGGACCCUCCAGAAGCAAAGGGAAGGCUCCAGAUCCUCGCAACUGGGGAGACGCGGACAUCGAGGAGGACGACCUGGACUUAGAAGCCCAGAGAGCUGCCCUGGACGCAUAUCGAGCCGCUAGAGACAAGGAAACCCACCACCGGGAGCAGCGCGAGAUCCCGGAUGAUGCCAUGGUCUCUAGGGCAGAGGCCGAGACGGCAGUCAGAGCUGCAGAAGAAAGAGUUCAGAAACGUUAUGAGGCGCGCCUCCAAGAAUUAAGGAACGAAAGAACUCACUACCUGCGAGCAACCGAGAGUGACAAAGAGACGUUGGACGUCUCGCUGAAAAAGAAAAGAGGUAAAAUAAGAACCUCUGGUCGAAACAGAGAUCCAGUGGGAGCUCUAGUCGACCAGGCGCUAGAUAGAUCAUCGGACCCAAGGGAAAGGCGAUCAACGCCGAAGGCGAUGGAUCCGGUCAGGCAGGUGGCGCCGAAAAGCUACAUCAGCCAAGCCUUAGGACGUCUGGAUAAGUCAUCCAGACGAAACAAAGACAAAAAGGGAAAACAUACCAAGAAAGGUCGGAGGAACCCAGAUGAUGAGGACUCAAGCGACUUCAGCCCCAGUUCUUCAGACGAGUCCUCCAGCACGUCGUCGACGUCUAGCUCGAGCUCCUCAAGCUCGAGUGGAGGAAGCACCUCCCGAUGA